AGGCCGCUUACCGGUUCAUCCGAACCGGCGCGUGUAAGGCUUUGCUUUCCUCCUCUGCAAGAAAAUAUUCCCGAUCAGUCUAUAAAUUACAGGAAUCGCGAAUCAUCAUCGGCAUCGGAAAAGAAUUAAGCACUUACAAAUUGAGCAAUUUGAAUUCAUUGACGACGAGGAAUGGAGCGCAAGGAGGAUGAAAUCAAGCAGAAACUCCAAGAAUUGCAGAGACAGUUGGGGAAGAAGCAAUCGUUCGAGGAAGCUGUUUCUUCAAUCAGAUCUCUGCUCCUUCAAUACUACCCUUCUGCCUCCCCUUCUCUUCAAAAAUCGUUCUAUUCUGUUGUAUGCCGUGUUGCAACAAUUUUAAAGACAAGAUAUACAGCACCUGGGUUUUGGCGUGCUGGACUACAGCUUUUCCUUGAUACCGAACGCCUAGUGUUGGAGUCUUCUGAGAGGAAAAAAUUGCAGGACUGCAUUGCUCAAGCACAAGAUCACCUGAGCGAAAUAGAGAAUCAGCCUGAGAACUCAACAUCUACAGAAAAUCGGCCAAGAGGAUUUCUGUUUGAGGGCCAUCUAACUGUUGACCCUGAACCUGCACAACCUGAUUGGCUUGUAAUGUCAAACCUUCUAAGUGCUGCUGCUACAUUGCCUGCUGAACAAUCUUCUCAAGAGGAUCCAGCCAGCAGUAACUCAUCAGAAGCUGCUGCCAACCUACUUCGGGAGCUGGCUGAUAGACUUGAUGACAUUGUCCCAAUGAUUUUGGACGAUGCUCCUGCUGCCCCUAGAGUACCGCCUGCCAGCAAAGAGGUGGUGGCAAAGCUUCCAGUUACUACUGUUACUGAUGAAUUCUUGGCAAAGCUAGACGCAGAUGCUGAAUGUGCCAUCUGUAAGGAGAAUUUGGUUCUUAAUGAUAAGAUGCAAGAACUGCCUUGCAAGCAUAUGUUUCACCCUCCUUGCCUGAAGCCCUGGUUGGAUGAGCACAAUUCUUGUCCAAUCUGCCGGCAUGAGUUGCAAACUGAUGAUCAUAAGUAUGAAAGUUGGAAGGAAAGGGAAAGGGAGGCGGAGGAAGAGAGGAAAGGAGCUGCAAAUGCAGUUCGUGAGGGCGAAUAUAUGUAUGUUUAGAUGUAAAAUAGUCUGUUCAGACAAUAUAUAUUUGGUUUACUGUUUGUUAAACUUUAUCUAGAUUGAUGAUCUCCUUGUAUAAGUUUCUUCCUUGUUUUUCUUUUUGUGGCCAUUACUUAUAAUUUCUGUGCAGCACUUGCUUAAGGCUAUCACAAUUCUAAAUUGUUU